AUGGUGUUUGAGCUGCUCGUGGCCACACAGUCAUGUAUGAUCCUUGUGGCUAUGGACCCCCAGCUGGGCCCCUUGCUGUAUAAAUGUGAUCCGGCAGGCUACUACUGUGGUUUCAGGGCCACGGCUGUUGGGGUCAAACAGACAGAAGCCACCAGCUACUUGGAGAAGAAACUAAAGAAGAGGCCAGACCUGAGCCAAGAUAAGACCAUACAGUUGGCUAUCUCCUGUCUAUCUUCCGUCCUGUCCAUGGACUUCAAAGCCAGUGAGCUGGAAGUGGGUUUGGUCACCCGACAGCAAGCCAAGUUCAGGACUUUGUCUGAAGUGGAGAUUGAAGCCCAUUUGGUUGCCAUAGCAGAGCGAGAGUGACGGAAGCAACAGAGACAUCAAAUCAUACUUAAUUAUAGUUUGUUUGUUUCGUUUUGUUUUUGCUGUCUCAGAACGAGUCCUCUUAACAACAGUGGCACCGAAUGAAUCUGUUGCAAAAGUAGAAAGUGUUUCACCUGGUGUGUCUGGGUUUAUUUUAUCAGGCAUGCACCAUAAAGAGCAGCCUCAGCUGUUAUGUGUUGUCUCCGAUCUGUGUAGGCCUAUAUCCUCCCCAUGAGGCUUGUUAAUCCAUCCCAGUAGUAGUCGGAGUGUGUGGGGCGCGUGCCAUCAGCUCAAUACUCUCCACACUUCAAUAACUUGGUAAAACUCAGCCAAACACAAUAUCAUGGAUCACCUUCAGAAAUCAUUAUUUGAGCCAAAAUAAAGUGACGUAGAAAACGUUUUUAACAGGGUAA